GUCCCGCUAGAGCGACAUGAUGGUGGAAUCCGCCUCGGAGACAAUCAGGUCAGCUCCGUCUGGUCAGAACGGCGUGGGCAGCCUCUCCGGACAGGCUGAUGGCGGCAGUGGCGGCGGGGCCGGGGCUGCGGGCACUGCUGGAGGCGGCGUGGGCAGGGACUCGGCGGCGGGCGCAGACAGCAACGGCGAGAUGAGCCCUGCAGAUCUGCUGCACUUCCAGCAGCAACAGGCUCUCCAGGUGGCCCGGCAGUUCCUGCUACAGCAGGCCUCAGGCCUGAGCUCCCCAGGGAACAAUGACAGCAAGCAGUCGGCUUCUGCCGUGCAGGUUCCUGUGUCAGUGGCCAUGAUGUCGCCGCAGAUGCUUACCCCGCAACAGAUGCAACAGAUUCUGUCACCCCCACAGCUGCAGGCCUUGCUCCAGCAGCAACAAGCACUCAUGCUCCAGCAGCUGCAGGAAUAUUACAAGAAGCAGCAAGAGCAGCUCCACUUGCAGCUCCUCACUCAACAGCAGGCUGGGAAGCAGCAACCCAAAGAGGCACUGGGGAACAAGCAGCUGGCCUUCCAGCAGCAGCUCCUGCAAAUGCAACAGCUGCAGCAGCAGCACCUGCUCAACCUGCAGAGACAGGGGCUGGUCAGCCUGCAGCCCAACCAAGCCUCGGGGCCCCUCCAGGCCCUCCCACAAGCAGCCGUGUGCCCCACGGACCUGCCCCAGCUAUGGAAGGGUGAGGGUGCCCCCGGGCAGCCCCCCGAGGACAGCGUCAAGCAGGAGGGGCUGGACCUCACUGGCACGGCCACCACCGCUACCUCGUUUGCCGCCCCCCCCAAAGUCUCGCCCCCGCUCUCCCACCACACCUUGCCCAAUGGACAGCCCACUGUGCUCACACCUCGGAGAGACAGCUCCUCCCACGAGGAGACGCCUGGCUCCCACCCCCUCUAUGGACACGGAGAGUGCAAGUGGCCUGGCUGUGAGACCCUGUGUGAAGACCUGGGCCAGUUUAUCAAACACCUCAACACAGAGCAUGCCCUGGAUGACCGGAGCACGGCCCAGUGCCGGGUGCAGAUGCAGGUGGUGCAGCAGCUGGAGAUCCAGCUCGCCAAGGAGAGCGAGCGGCUGCAGGCCAUGAUGGCCCAUCUGCACAUGAGGCCCUCUGAGCCCAAGCCCUUCAGCCAGCCGCUGAACCCGGUCCCCGGCUCCUCCUCAUUCUCCAAGGUGACCGUCUCUGCAGCAGACUCGUUCCCAGAUGGCCUCGUGCACCCUCCCACCUCGGCUGCAGCCCCUGUCACCCCACUAAGGCCUCCAGGUCUGGGUUCUGCCUCCCUGCACAGUGGGGGCCCCGCCCGCAGGAGGAGCAGUGACAAAUUCUGCUCCCCCAUCUCCUCAGAACUGGCCCAGAAUCAUGAAUUCUACAAGAAUGCGGACGUCAGGCCCCCCUUCACCUACGCCUCCCUCAUCCGCCAGGCCAUUCUGGAAACCCCUGACAGGCAGCUGACCCUGAAUGAGAUCUAUAACUGGUUCACCAGGAUGUUCGCCUAUUUCCGGAGAAACACUGCCACCUGGAAGAAUGCCGUGCGGCACAACCUCAGCCUGCAUAAGUGCUUUGUGCGUGUGGAGAAUGUCAAGGGUGCCGUGUGGACUGUGGACGAGCGGGAGUAUCAGAAGCGGAGACCGCCAAAGAUGACGGGGAGCCCCACCCUGGUGAAGAAUAUGAUCUCCGGCCUCAGUUACGGAGCACUUAAUGCCAGCUACCAGGCCGCCCUGGCCGAGAGCAGCUUCCCCCUCCUCAACAGCCCUGGCAUGCUGAACCCUGGAUCUGCCAGCAGCCUCCUGCCCCUCAGCCAUGACGACGUGGGUGCCCCGGGGGAGCCGCUCCCCAGCAAUGGCAGCAGCAGCCCCCCUCGCCUCUCCCCACCCCAGUACAGCCACCAGGUGCAGGUGAAAGAGGAGCCCGCCGAGGCAGAGGAAGACAGAAGGCCCGGCCCCGCCCUGGGUCCCCCCAACCCCAGCACCACAGGGCCUGCAGAAGACAGGGACCUGGAGGAGGAGCUGCCGGGAGAGGAACUCUCCUAAGGGCCUCUCGGGGCAGGCAGGGCAGGGGUGAGACCCCUCUUGGAACCCAGGCCCCAUCCACCCCCACUCCACAGCCCCGCCCAAACCUCAAGGCACUUCCAGGACUCAGAUGGGGGGGGCCUGGGUCAACAACUCCCCAUGUGACUUUACUGACAGACGCUUGGGGCAGGAACGGUUCCACCCCCAAGGGGACACAGAACCCCUGGUCCGGGACCAGCAGAGGACACGGAGGGCCCAAACCCCUCCUCAGACCUUCCUCAGACCUUCCCCUACAUCUGAAAAUCUCUGAAAACCGCCUCUCCCGCCACCACCAGCAGCAGCAGGGCCCUCCUCCCCCACCAGCUCUCCCCUACAGGGCCCCUCAGCGCCAUGGAGACCCGCAGGCGGGGCUAAGCCUCUCAAACCCAGGGCCCCUCGCACCUGGCUCUGGCAGUGUUUUUCUGGCCAGAGCUCUCCCCCUCCACACACACACACACAUACACGCGUACACACACACACACACACUCCCCUAAUUUGUGCUCCCUUCCACCUUCUUUUCCAUACUGUGAAGAAAUAAUUCUCCCUGAACUCCUACCCCUGCCCUGGCCUGGAUGGAGGAACGGAAGUUGCCAACCAUCCGCGGAAGAAGCCAGCCCACUCGGCUGUGCCCACCCAAAAGCCACUGCUGGGGCGGCAUGAGCCGUGUGCCCCGAGGGGUCCAUGGGAGCAGGGCCACCUGGCUCUAGCCCCUCCUCCUGACCUAAGGUAGGACCCAGGCUGAACUGGGACUCCACCUCAUUUACUGGACACCCUUCCGGCUGCCCGGAACUCCAGGGAGCAUAGGAAGAGGCCCAGUGCCUGCCUCCUCCGCAGAGGUCGGUGUCAGUCGGACUUCUGGAGGUGGAACCACUGAAGGGAGCCCAGCUACCCUUGAGGCUAGAGUUGGGGCAGAGGUGGUGCCAGGACUGCCGGAGGCAUCCUUCCACUUCACGGGAGGAAAGGCCAGGCUGAAAGCAGGCUUGAAAGGAAGGAGGGAUUCAUUUGGUGGCUGCUGUGACCCAACAGGUCACCCCCCACCCCCAGCCUAUAGGUCCCCUAUUGCAGUCCUCCCGCAGUCUUCCUCAGCACCCCUUUCCUAUUCCUCCAGUUAAACGGAUGACCAAAGACCUUUCUUAUGCCAGAAGCAAAAACCAAAACUUUUUGUUGGCUUUUUCCUUUGUCGCCUCCUACAAUCCCCUGCUCCUCCUGCUCCCUAGCCCAGCCCCAGGCUGGAAGCCCUCCCUCCACUUAAGUUAUUGUUUUAAACCAAAGUUUACAGUGUCUGUUGGUGGCCAAGACCCUCUCUUUCCACCCCUUCUCCACCCCACCCUGAGGACCCUGGGACUCAGUAGGGGCUGGGGCCCUGCUCACCUCCCCUUUGCUCUUGCCCAGCCUAGGAGAAGAAAAGAAGGCAGGGGGCGGGAAGGAGGUGGGCCACCCUCAGCUCCCACAUCCCCUCGGGCAGUGGGCACGUGAGCCCUAGUCCCAACCCUGGGCUGCUUCCUGGGGGCUAUCCAGACCCCUUUCUAGGACCAAGUCCCCCAUCAUGCUGGGAGUGUGGAUUCCAGCAAAAGAGCUGGAAAAAAAGCGAGACUCCACAGACCCCCUAUGGGGGAUCUCAACUCGAGGCCAAGGACUGGGUGUCUUGGAUGCUUUUGACACCCCAGGCCAGGCCCCUUUGCUGAGAAUACUCCUUGGACUAUUUCCCAAGAAACCCCCACAUACACCCCUUCACAAGGCACCCCUCCCGAGAGGCAGGGGGCCCUCCGCCCCCUCCCCUGUGUACUCCCCACCUGUGUUCCGUUUGACCAGCACAGAAAUAUUAAACGUCCUCUAUACA